CCUGAGGGCUAUCGGCAGCCCCUGCUUUAGCAAUGAUCAGGCUCACAGUCACCCCGAAGAUAUCCCUUGUUGAUGAACCACUGAAAAUCCAGGUCUCUGGCUUGCCCCCCUCCCAGCUGGUGAACCUCCAAGCCUCUCUGACCGAUGAGAAAGGGCUGCUCUUCUGCUCCCAAGCACUCUACUGGUCAGAUGAGGCUGGCGAGGUGGACCUGGAGCGGGCUGCUGCCACUGGAGGGGAUUACGUUGGUGUGCAGCCCAUGGGUCUGUUUCAGUGCCUGAAGCCAGAAAAGCUGUUCCAUAGGCUGAUGAAGCGGGAUGUGAUGCAGAGUCCCUUCCGGGUUCGCCUGGACUUGUUCGACUCAUAUCACCCCAUGUUUUCCUCACCCCGCGAUCAGCCUGCAGCCAGCCAGACUGUGGAGAGGUGGUACGUGGCACCCGGAGUACAACGGGUCCAGAUCAGGGGCAGCAGAGUCCGCGGAGCCCUCUUCCUCCCUCCAGGGGAAGGUCCUUUUCCAGGGUUGAUUGACAUGUUUGGUCUCGUGGGUGGACUCACUGAAUUCCGAGCCAGCCUCCUUGCCAGUCGUGGCUUUGCUGCACUUGCCCUAGCUUACUUUGCGUAUGAAGACCUACCCAGUUUUCUAGAUGAGGUGGAUCUGGAAUAUUUUGAGGAAGCUGCCAACAUACUCUUGGAACAUCCAAAGGUGGGAGGGGCAGGAGUUGGUGUGGUUGCAAUCUGCAAAGGUGCUGAGAUUGCACUGGCAAUGGCGACGUUCCUACCACAGAUCACAGCCACAGUUUGCAUUAACGGGACCAAUGCCAUCCACGGGACUGCGCUGCGCUACCGUGAUCUCCACAUCAGUCCAAUACCUUACAAAUUUGAGUGUGUGCGGUUCACACCUCUGGGGCUGCUCUCUUUCUUCAGUGUCAUGGGGGACACUCGAGCAGAGGCAAAUCAAGGUAGCAUCAUUCCUGUUGAAAAGGCCCAGGGUCAGCUCCUCUUGGUGGUGGGAGAAAGUGACCAGAACUACAACAGCAAAGCAUAUGCUGAGGAAGUGAUGGAGAGGAUGAGGAGACAUGGGAGAAAGAACUCCACUCUGCUGUCUUACCCAGGCGCUGGGCACCUGAUAGAGCCCCCGGGGUCCCCGUUCUGCCCCUGCUCACGGAACCCCUUUGUCGUCUUGCCCUUGAUGUGGGGAGGCGAAGCCCAACCCCAUGCCGCCGCACAGGAACAUUCUUGGAGAGAGAUCCAAAAAUUCCUUUGUCAGCACCUGUGCCCAACAGGAAGCAGCAAACCCUGAAAACAGGAAGGCCUGGACCGAAAAGUUUCUGUGCCCCAUGCCCUCCUGAACCCGAUCAAGAAAUAUUGGAACAAUCUGUGAAUUCUGGGUAUCGACUGAAAGAGAAAUACACCACCUUGGGGACGAGGGUGCAUUUCCAACCACUACAACGUGGACAUCUUCUCUUGUAGGCCUGUAGCCAAUAGCAGGUGGGAAACACAAAUGCACGAACAAGUCUGCCUUCUUCUAGAUCGAAUCAUUCAUGUGCCUGGGGCCUGAUCCAGCUCUCACUGAAAUCUAUGGGAAUUGGAUCAGGCCCCACGGAUGGGAGUCUGGUGGUGGCUUCUGUCUGCAGAGUUCUAUGCAAAAUUUUCCAGUUUUGCUUCCCAGCAGUUCCAACCCUCGAGUUUUUGCUUCAAGCGAAUCCCAAAUUUUAAGGGGAAAGUACUGAAACCAUGUAAGUCUACUGUGAUGUGUAUAGUUGCAACAUGUCCAAACCAGCCCUUCACCAGAUUCACUGGAAACUUGGCCCUGAUUUCCCAGCCCUACAAUUCACAGGCAGUUAAACAGUUUCCCUGAGAAGUAGGAAGGAGGAUUUUUUCUCUCUGACGUGCUGCUGCACCAUUAAACUAUACUGGAGACCACCUAGGCCUUGUCUACACUAGGAGUUUUUGGAUCCAUAACUCCCACCAUGUGCAGUUCGACCAGUGGAGACUGUAGUGUAGACAGGUGGCCUUGAGUGUUUGACCACUCUUAUUUUCUAACCUUUUCUACACUGCAGCCUUAACUAGAGAAGCUGCAGUCAGGAAUUAAGGGUCCGAAAAUCCAAGUGCAGCCAUACCUCUGUAGGAGAGAUCUGUACCUUAACUUGGACAGCUUCCAUUGUUGUAUGCAGUGCAGUUGUGGCCGUGUUGGUCCCAGGAUAUUAGGGAGACAAGGUGGGUGAGGUAAUAUGUUUUACUGGCCCAACUUCUGUUGGUGAGACAGACAAGGUUUCAAGCCACACAGAGCUGUUCUUGAAGUCUGGGAAUGGUACUCCCAGUGACACAGCUAAAUGCAAGGGGUAACACAUGGUUUAGCGUAAGUAGUUAGCAUCUAUACACAUGCACUCUACCUUGACUGGUCCUUUAGAAUAUGUGCUAACUAUAUGUGCGAAACAAUCUGUUCCAUCUUCUAGUUAGCUGGGAUGCCCGGAGUUCCUUUCCCAGACUUGAAGAAGAGCUCUG